ACAACAAAGUUUACGAGUGCUUUGGAUAUACCCGUGGAGUUUGUCCAAAAGAAUGUGAAACUGCGGGGAAAAUUCCAGCGCGUAACCGAGCAAGGCCUGGCAGUGGAACACAUUCCCAUUAGUGUUCCUUUCAUCACCUCGAUCCAGAGAAAAUGGCAAAAAAAAGGUCUUCUGCUGGUGAGACUUGCUGGAGUGGAGUUGGCUCCGAGUGGCAUGGCCUGGUUACAGCAAGAGCUGAAACCCAAACAAAUGAUAUGGUUCCAACUGCUUGGAAGGGAGGACUUGGCACUCGAGUGCCUUGUUUUAGUAAAUAAGGGUCGAUUUCUGAGCGUGUGCUUAAAUGAAGAGAUCCUGAGACAAGGGCUCGGCAGAGCAGCCCGUAUCGAAGGACUGCAUCACGAUUCCCGCCUGUACUGGAAACUGCACAAAAGACUGCUUCGGGCAGAGUUACAGGCCUUGAAGAAAAACAAGGGAAUAUGGAAGGAAGAAAGCUACUCGGAAAGAAUGAGAGAUCGUCUAAGCAACAAUAAACUUGUACAGACCUUGAAACAAUUUGUGAGCUGGUUGAGAAGGUCUAUUUAG